AUGGCGAACCAGAACCAGGUUUCUCGAGAGGAUAUAGAGCCUGGCAAUACGAAGGGUGUUGAUAUGAGGCACUAUGAACAGUCCAAGCUUGACAAGGGAGUCGGGCUGCCGACAGAAGUUGGCACCUUACAGCGACGGCUCAAAUCACGACAUAUUCAAUUUCUUGCUCUUUCUGGGGCUAUUGGGACAGGUCUUUUUGUGGGCACAGGCCAGGUCCUUUCGCUGGCUGGGCCAUUAUCUAUGGUGCUUGCGUACCUUAUAACGGGUUUCAAUCUCUAUGCGGUGAUCAACAGUAUGGGUGAAAUGGCGACCUGGCUUCCACUUCCUGGCGCUGUCCCGGUCUAUGCAUCCCGUUUCGUCGAUGAAGCGCUGGGAUUCACUCUGGGCUGGAACUAUUGGUAUCAAUUUGCUAUUGGUGUCCCGAUAGAGAUAAGUGCAGCUGCUCUUGUGAUCGACUACUGGCCCAAUAAAGUUCCCACUGUAGUAUGGAUCAGUGUACUUUAUGUGUUGAUCUUCGUCUUCAACUGCCUUCCUGUGCGGAUCUACGGUGAGGUUGAGUUUAUCCUUGGCUCGAUCAAGCUCAUAACCAUUGUGGGUUUGAUGUUGCUCAUGUUCAUCAUCACACUCGGUGGAGCUCCGACACACGACCGUAUUGGCUUCCGCUACUGGCAACAUCCGGGUCCUAUGAAUACAUAUCUGGCGGACGGGUCUUUAGGACGCUUUCUGGCAUUUUGGAAAGUCUUCAUCCAGGCGACAUUCAGCUACGGCGGUAGCGAAAUGGUAGUGGUUGCAGCUGGGGAGACUGAAAACCCCCGACGAAAUAUUCCAAAAGCUGUGCGUCGAGUGUUUUGGCGUAUUACAAUCUUCUAUGUCUGCAGUGUCUUUCUCGUCACUCUGUGUGUCUCAUCGCAAGAUGACCGGCUCCUCAACGCACUUGACUCAGGAGCGGCAGGCGUGGGGGCAAGCCCUUUUGUUAUUGCCAUUGAGAAUGGAGGCAUCCAUGUGCUACCAUCCAUCAUCAAUGCCGUGGUUCUCACAUCGGCAUUUUCUGCUGGCAAUUCUUUCUUCUACGCAUCCACCCGAGUCCUCUACUCCACGGCAUUGAAUGGCAAAGCACCUCGAAUUCUUCGAUUCGAGAAAUUCGGAGUUCCCUAUGCCUGUGUCGCCGUUACAGCUGCAUUGAGCCUACUUGUGUAUCUCAAUGUUUCAUCAAGCUCGGCUGAGGUCUUUUUCUGGAUUAGCAAUCUAAGCUCUGUGAGUACGUUGAUUGUAUGGACUUCGAUUUCCGCGACCUACAUUCGUUUCUAUCAAGGUCUGAAAUAUCACGGCAUACUUCGGUCAACCCUUCCAUUCAAAUCACCUUUUCAACCCUUUCUCGCCUACUUUGCGAUCAUAUUUUCGUCAACCGUGGCAUUCUUCAAUGGCUUCGACGCUUUCUUUCCUGGACAUUUCAGUGCCAAGACCUUCGUCCCUCCUUACAUUGACAUUCCCAUUUUUGCCUGUCUUUUCUUAGGAUACAAAAUUGUGAAGAAGACAAAGUUUGUCCAGAAAGAGGAUAUGGAUUUCUGGUCUGGCAAAGAAGAGGCCGAUCAACUAGAAUCCGUAUGGGAGGAACCCAAACCUCGCAAUUUUCUGGAGAGACUUUGGUUUUGGAUCGCUUGA